AGUAAGGCAAGAGAAUAUCAUGCUUUUGCAUAUGGUUCUCACAUGGCUCAAGUCUUGUUAAGGGUCUUCCAGGAGCUGAAAUCUUCGUUGGAGCCCAGUGAUGUAACAAGCACCGUGCAGGUGGCACAUUCUGAAUUGGUUGUAUCUAAAGAACCCCAGUCUGGAGCUGUCUCAUUGACGAGUUGUCCUCAAGAGCCUGACAGGGGUUGUCAUAUAACCCAUAGUUUAAUGAAGCCCCCUUGUAUAUCUUCCUUGGAAACUGCUGCCUCACAUAAGCCCUCUCUGCUGCUCAUUGGUCCACCUGGUUCAGGGAAGAGCGGACUCUUGUUUUUGGCUGCAGUACAAGCAGCAGAGGAUGGAGAGGGGCCAGUUAUCUUCUUGUCUAAGGACCCUGUGAAGAGGCUCCCUGGUGGAGGAAGGGCUACACGGGACCCGCUGAUUCUGAAGCAAAUUCGUUUUCUGUAUCCCUCCUCACUUAAAGAACUCCUCCUCCUCCUCUCAUCCCUUCACAUUACAUGUCCUUCUUCUUCGCUCAUCUUGCUGGAUGGAUUGGAGCGGUACCUUCAGUCCAGUUGUGGCCCCUCUGACGGGGCUCUCCUUUCUGCUUUACUCCUAGACUGUGCAUCACACUUCAACUGUGGCAUUAUUGUAUCUGCUGUACCUCAUUCUGAAGGCUCAGAGGGGGCAUUCUCAGCUGUAGAGAGGUAUUUCCCAACCCAGUGCAGGCUGUGUCCUGAAGAGUCAACAGAAAUACCUGAAACAUUAUUUAGAGUCCACUUCCUGCCCUAUAUCUCACAUUGGAUUUUACAUACAGAGCUGGAUGGGACUUUAAGAAUUAGCUCAUUAUCUCCCAAUGACCAGAAAGCAGAGACAAGCACGUAACCUGACAGAAUCAGACUGCUUACUUACCUUAUGGGUUCAUAUACUGUUCCAAGAAUUGCAUUUAAAUUGUCUUGUGUGGACUAGGCAUCUGUUAUUGCCAUACAAUAUUAAUAAUUAAAGUAGUUAUUACAUUACUGACCCUAGCUUACUAUGUGUUUAAGCUUUUAAUCCCUGCAAAGUUGUUAAACAUAUAGAGACUUUUCCACUUGGAAGCCACAAGCACUUAACCUUUGCUGACUGGGGGCUACUUGCAGCUGACCCUCCUGAUGUGAAGUUUAAACUUUAUCUGUGUGUUUAACCACUUUCUGUGGGUUAAACAAAGUAAGCUAAGUUUUAUUCGAUGAUCACUUAGGCAAUUACAGAGACACUGAAGCUGUAUAUUAAUAUCUUAUUUCAAAGGCAACAAUGUUUAUUCAAAUUGCAGGUUGUAUGUUAUGGGUUGCAAAAAUGGAUGUAUUUAGUGUGAGAGGUAUAUCUUUUCCUGCUCCCUACGAUGGGGAUAUUACAUUAUAUUCUCUUUGUUAAGUCUAAAGAUGUAGAGAGAGAAAAAGCCCAAAAUAAUAAAAAUAUAUUUUAUUGAA